AUGCAGGGCCUCCAGCAAGGCCGCCCCACGACAGCGAGCGCCCGCCCCGUCUGGACGGCGGCGGCGGCCUCAGCUUCUGCCGCCGCUGGGGUGGACAUCGCCAGCCGCGCCUCCGUCAAGGCCUUUUUCAACCAGGUGUACCUGGCGUCCGAGGGGGUGGCGCCCGGCUGGCACGGCUCGGUGGCCCGGUGCAUGCCAAGCUCCGUCAGCGCCGCCUUCAAGCGCGCUACACGCCGCCGCAUCAACUUCUUCAGGGCCAUGGCCGGCGUGCCCGCCGCCGUCUCCCUGGACGCCGCGCUGUCGCGCAAGGCGCAGGAGGCCGCCCUGCUCAUGAUGGCAAACGAGCAGCUCAGCCACUACCCACCCGCCGACUGGAAGUGCUACAGCAGCGGCGGCGCCGAGGCCGCAGGCCGCUCCAACCUGUCGCUGGGCAACAAGGGCGCGGCGGCGGUGGCCUCCCAGAUGCGCGACGCCGGCAAGGGCAACGGCGGCGCGGGCCACCGCCGCUGGCUGCUCUACCCGCACACACGCACCAUGGGCGCCGGCGACGUCGACUACCUGUCAGAGGACCCCUUCUGGUACGACGGAUCCAACGCCCUGUGGGUGUUUGACGAGUCCAGCUGGUCGGCGCCGCGCCCCGCCACGCGCCACGCGUUUGUGGCCUGGCCGCCGCCGGGGUACGUGCCGUACCAGGUGGUCUGGGCCCGCUGGUCCUUCUCAUACCCCGACGCCGACUUCUCCCGCGCAAAGGUGGCCAUGAAGAACCUGCGCAGCGGCAAGGCGGUACGCGCGGUGGUGGAGGCGCAGGAGUGCUGCAUGGGCGACUCCACCCUGGUGUGGCUCGUGGCGGGGCGCGGCGGCGAGGACCGCGCCUCCUGGCGGCAGCCCCUGCCAGGCAGGGAUGUGGCCAUCGUUGUGACCGUGCGCGGGGUGCGGGUCGGCCGCGCCACCCGCAAGUUCCAGUACACCGUGCGCAUCAUGGACCCUGCCGCAUAA